GACGUCACGAGCGAGGCCCCGCCCCCGCCGCUCGGCUUCCGCCCGGUUGCCAGGGAGACGCGUCCACAGCGCGGAAAUCCCCGCGGGCGCGGAGCCCGCCCGGCGCCGCCAUGAGCCAGCGGCAGGUCCUGCAAGUGUUCGAACAGUACCAGCGUGCCCGGGCGCAGUUUGCGCAGGCGGUGGCCAACCUCGCCGCCCGGCCGCAGAGCAUCGACACUCUCCGGAGCGCAGGUGUAGUGUGUUUGCUGAGACCUCUGUUGCUGGAUGUCAUCCCAAGUGUUCGACAGACCGUUGCCUUGGCUCUUGGGAGACUUGCUGAUUAUGACGUGGGGAUGGCAGAGGCAGUCGUGAAGGCUGGCAUUCUUCCACAGCUCAUAUGUUCAUUGCCUGAGGAGAAUCGUUACUACAAGAAAGCAGCUGCAUUUGUGCUAAGAGCAAUUGCUAAACAUUCUCCACAACUAGCUCAGGCAGUAGUUCAGUGUGGAGCACUGGAAAUGCUGGUGGUUUGCUUGGAGGAUUUUGACCCUGGAGUCAAAGAAGGUGCAUCUUGGGCAUUUGGGUAUAUUGCCCGACACAAUGCAGAACUGUCACAAGCUGUGGUGGAUGCAGGCGCUGUUCCUCUUUUAGUGCUCUGUAUCCAGGAGCCAGAAAUUGCUUUGAAAAGGAUUGCUGCUUCAACUCUCAGUGAUAUUUCAAAGCAUUCUCCAGAGUUAGCACAGACAGUAGUGGAUGCAGGAGCUAUCGCUCACUUAGCUCAGAUGAUCACGAACCCUGAUGCUAAACUGAAGCGUCAGGUACUGUCAACUCUAAGCCAAAUAGCAAAGCAUUCUGUGGAUCUUGCAGAGUUGGUGGUUGAAGCAGAAAUUUUCCCAGUUGUGCUCACAUGCCUGAAGGACUCAGAUGAAUAUGUCAAGAAAAAUGGUGCAACUUUAAUUAGAGAGAUAGCAAAGCAUACGCCUGAGCUUUCACAGUUUAUAGUAAAUUCAGGCGGAGUUGCUGCUCUGAUUGAUUGUAUUGGCAGCUGCAGAGGGACUGUCAGACUGCCUGGCAUCAUGACACUUGGUUAUGUGGCGGCUCAUUCGGAGAACCUGUCAAUGGCAGUGAUUGUCUCCAAGGGAAUAUCACCACUGAGUGCCUGCUUGAUAGAAGAACAUGAAGAUCAUAUUAAGGCAGCAGCUGCUUGGGCCUUGGGACAGAUUGGGAGACACACUGCUGAGCAUGCACGUCAUGUUGCGAUAGCAAACGUGCUGCCCACACUGCUCGAUAUCUUUGUGGACACACGCAGCUCGGAAGACCUUAAAAUGAAAACUAAGAAAGCCUUAAAGAACAUUCUUCAGAAAUGCACGUAUCUUCCAGCACUUGAACCACUGCUUCAUGAUGCCCCUCCCAAUAUUAUGAAGCAUGUUAUUGGGCAGUUUAGUAAGGUGUUACCACAUGACAGUAAAGCCCGUCGUCUCUUUGUAACCACUGGUGGACUUAAAAAGGUUCAAGAAAUAAAAGCAGAACCUGGGUCACUUCUUCAGGAAUAUAUCAACACUAUUAACAAUUGCUAUCCAGAGGAAAUAGUAAGGUAUUAUUCCCCUGGAUAUUCUGAGAUACUUCUGGAAAGGGUGGAAAAUUACCAACCAGUUUUAUAAACUUCAGUGUUUUAUUAGAGCUGCAUUUCACAUUUAUGCCUUUGACUGUAAUACAAAUACAGCUGUUGAAAACCUUGCUUGAUUAUCAAGUCUCCUCCUACUGUUUGAACUACUGAAAAAGCUCAGCAAUUCUAGCAAGUUAUAUUUUGUUCUUUAUAAAUUUGUUUGUUGCUAAGUUUUUGUUCCUUUUUGUUUUUCUUUAACAUUACUACCAGAUAUUUCUACAUAUAUGAACUUUCACGCAGGAGUGAUGAUUUGUCACAGAAACGUUUUUAGAAUCAGUCAUUUCCUUUUCUUUCCACAAGAAAGGUUUGUUAUCUCAUUCAAAUUUUAGCCUUCUCAGUAUAAUUACCAUUUUCUCCUUUUGCUUUUGCAUGUUGUUUAAAGCUUCCAAGCUUGAUGAGGGGAAAAAAGCUGCCCUCUGUGCUUUUUCUAAUUAUGGAAUUCUUUCUGCACUGAGAUAUCUCCUACUGCUACCUUUGAGGAAGUAAAGUGUUGUGAUUUUGCAUCUUCAAACAUGUUAGUAGCAGUUAAACAAAGAAAUAAUCAGAUCUGAAGAUGAUACAAGGGCAGAAUUCUGCAUUAUAUGAUAGUGUGGUGAUCUUGGCCUGGUAGAUAAUACAUCUUCUGCAAAAGUCCUCCUAAUUAAGGCAGGAUUCACUGUGGAGGAAAGGAGCAGCACACUGUUUGGCCUGGGCAUAGUUGUUCCUCUUGAGAAGGACAGAGUGGACUCAGAACUUGCAGGGAUGCAAAGGGAAGGACCCUGGGAGCUUUGGUUCUAUGAGGGACAGCAGCACAUUUGUGUAGCUCAGAAGAGAGGAGACUUGCUUGGCUGCAGGAGCAGUGUUAGCAAAGUUCUGAGCACGUUCAGAGGAAAUCUGAGGACACUUAGGUCACACUCAUUGGACUGGUGGGACUAAAGUGGCUUAGGGUUUAUCCUUCAAGAGCUAAAAUAGCUGAAGAGUUGAGUUAAAACACAUUUGGAACUUAAGUCUUGAAGCUGCAGAUCACAUCCGCAUAGAGGUAUGAGCUCUUUCCCAUCUGUAGAACUUCCAGAAACUAUUUUUGCCUUCUUUUGGAGAGUGAAGAGACUUCUAUUCUGUUUACUCCUCUGGUGUAUCACACAACAAACAACCCUCUAGU